UCCGCCAACCUGGCUACCGUAAAGUAACCUUGGCGGCAGGAGGAGGUCUCGGCGGCCUCCGGGAUGGCCGGGCCUCUGUGCCGAGCGACGGGAGGCCUGAGGUGGCUGAGUCGACUGCUUCGCCCCGGAGGCAAGCUAGGCCCGCGCCCCGGACUGCGGCGGGCAAGUGAAGGUGCACAUAUUAAUACUGUGUACCGCCAAUUUUCACCACCACCACGGUUCGCAGUAGUCAUCGGUGAAGCAUCCAGUGGUCUCAUGUGGUUCUGGAUUUUGUGGCGCUUCUGGCAUGACCCAGAUGAAGUGCUGGGUCACUUUCCAUUCCCAGAUCCUUCUUUGUGGACAGAUGAAGAGCUAGGAAUUCCUCCAGAUGAUGAAUAAUAAACAUGUGGUUUCAAAGUGGCUCUUAAAAUAUGAUAAUUUGCUUAAUAAGAAAGCAUUAAUUAAGAUCUACUGUUGCAAAACAAGGAAUAUCACAUUAAAAUUGAACUACACCAGAAAUGUCUGCAGUGCUAUUUAUUUCCCAAUUGUAGGAGCAUAUUUCACUAUCCUAUUUCUCCUUGUAUUUUGUUUCAACCAAUUUGUUUUCCUAAUAACAGUAGGAAUUAUUCAGAUGUGGAACAUCAAAAUACAUUUAAAAAAUAAAUAACAGUAAGCAGAUUUU